AUGUCUGAAGGGAGGCAGCGAACCUUAUCAACCUCUGGAGAGUCUUUGUAUCUUCUGGGUGUAGAGAAAAGCUGCAGUCAUGAUGACAUCAAGAAAUCCUACAGAAAACUGGCACUGCGUUACCAUCCAGACAAGAACCCAGACAACCCAGAGGCGGCGGAGAUGUUUAAAGAGCUGAACAACGCUCACGGUUUGUCCGACACAACCCGGAGGAACAUCUACGACUCUUAUGGCUCACUGGGACUCUAUGUCGCUCAGCAGUUUGGCGAAGAAAAUGUCAACACCUACUUCAUGCUGUCCACGUGGUGGGCCAAGGCUCUGUUCGCCGUCUGUGGUGUCCUCACCGGCUGUUAUUGCUGCUGCUGUCUUUGCUGCUGCUGUAAUUGCUGCUGUGGGAAAAUGAAGCCGCCGGUUCCCGGUGACGCCGUGGAUCCGGACAGCUACAUGUGUCCUGAUGACCUGGAAGAGGAGAUUCGCCACGAUGCGGAAAACGAUGGAGACGCUCCAGUUGUUCAGCAGCCGACUAGCGCCAGUGAGAAGACGUCCCUCAUUGCUGAGGGACAGCGCAGACACAGAGAGACAUACACAUGAAGACAGCACUGUCUAUCCAACAUCAGCAGGGACAGUGAACACAUCGCGCUGCCUUUAUGACCUGUGUCCAAACAAAUGUCCACAACUGAUCCUGAUCCCUGAGCACCAUUAUCAACUUCAAAACUGGGUCUGGGUCAGCUCAGGUCUUCAUGAGACACCCAGAGCUCCACAGAUCCUCUUUUAUCCAGAACCAGAUCACAGUUUCUGACCCAGAUUAUGUUUCACCCAAAAUUAUCUCAACCAGCAAAUGUUGUCGUAGUGGUCCUAGUUUAAUGAGAAUCUUUCUAAAUGAGAAGAAU